CUUAUCAACCAGAAAACAAUGGCGGCCGAGAACCCUGUGAACAUCGCCGUGGUCGGAGUGGGCUACUGGGGCAAGAACUACGUUCGCCUCACGUCGGAGAACCCGCUGACGAACCUUGUCGGCAUGUGCGAUAUGCACCCGCCGACGCUGGAGAAGGCCAAGGCCCGUUUCCCUGGCGUUCCGGCCUUCUCGUCUGUUGACGACCUGCUUGCGGUGCCCGAGCUCGAGGCUGUGGUCAUCGUCGUUCCCGCGAAGUACCACCAUGGGGUUGGCAUGCAGAUUCUCAACGCUGGCAAGCAUGUGCUCAUGGAGAAGCCGCUUGCGGUCUCCGUGGAAGAGUGCAAGGAGCUUGUUGCGGCCGCCGAGGCCAACUCGGUCCGCCUCCUCGUUGGGCACACCUUCCUCUUCAACUCGUCGGUGGCCAAGAUGAAGGCCAUGGUCGACACUCACGACGUCGGUGACACCCACUACGUGUACGCCAAGCGGACGAACCUCGGCCCGGUCCGUCAGGACGUCUCGGCGCUGUGGGACCUCGCCACCCACGACAUCUCGGUCUUCCUCUACCUCCUCGCCGGCACCGACGUCGAGUGGGUCUCGUGCACCGGCUCGUCGCUCCUCCCGGGCUCGGACCUCGCCGACGUCGUCUUUGUCACCAUGGGCUUCAAGGACUCGCCGGUCAUCGCCCACGUCCACGCCUCGUGGAUGGACCCGAACAAGGAGCGCGAGAUCGUCGUCGUUGGCUCCAAGGGCCGCGUCGUCUUUGAGGACACCGCCAUCAACCACCCCGUCAAGGUCUUCUUCAAGGGCCCCGACGAGCUCCAGGAGGCCGGCGACGUCGUCGACUCGGGCCACUUUACCGACUACAUGUUCUCCGCCCGCAAGGGUGACGUCUUCAUGCCGCACAUCGACAAGGUCGAGCCGCUCGGCGCCCAGAUGACCGAGUUUGUCAACGCCAUCCGCACCCCGUCCGCCGAUAUGCGCUCCGAUGGCCACUUUGGCCACAAGGUUGUCAGCAUCCUCAACGCUGCCGAGUCCUCGCUCCAGCAGGGCGGUGCCCGCGUCACCAUCUAA